AUGGGACGGCGAUGUAGUCGAAGCUCGUUUCUACCGAACGCUUUCGUAUUUCCGGGUGGUAUGGUCGACGAUACUGAUAAGGCGAUGCCCAAUUGGUUGACACCGUUCGAUUACGGGAAACGCUUUGAUACGUACUUUUACACGCUUGACGUCAGUGAUAAUAGUGAUAAGGAAGCGAUAAAAAUUGACUCGAAAUCAAAAGAACUGUAUGAAAUCGAUUGGUACUCGGCUGAAGAGAUUGUCAAUAGAGCCAACAGUGGACAGUUGAUAUUACCACCACCACAAGCCUAUGAAAUACGGCGAAUUAUUGAAAACCGAUUCGGGAACCUCGAACAACUCUAUUGCCCACUCAAGUUGUGUCCUCAGUUACUCGAUGCAGGCGAUAAGGUGAUCGCAUUGCUCAACAACGAUUUCGCCUACAAUCACGACCAAAACUCAACCGAAACACCAAUGCGCAAAGCAUGCAGCGCCGAUUUACCGUCAGCAAUUGGCACGUCAACAGUGAAUGAAGGAAAGACGAGACGACAACUGCACCGAAUGAUAUUCAAUAAGAAACCGCUAUGGAGUCAAAUGAAAGUCAUUUAUUGCUCAACACAACAGUCGCAACAACAACGGUGA